UGACGCAAUCAAUACAGCCAAACAUCGCUCCAUGAAGAAGAAAAAACAACAACAACAAGUCAGCCAUGGAGAAAGAGAGAAGAAGUAGAUAGAUGGUUUAGAUCCAAAGUAGUUGAUCGUUGAAAUUUAUUUCUAUUUAACGUUGAAAAAAGAGAAUUUUGCAAAAACCCAAACAAAAAACCCGCCAUGGAUCCGACUCAAAUCUCUCAUUUGGCUCUCGACAUCGGAGGGACUCUGAUCAAGCUUGUGUAUUUCUCUGCAAAUGGAGAUUAUAGCGAAGAGUCUCGUAAUGGUUGCUCUGUUGUGAAAGGAAGGCUUUGUUUCGCUAAGUUUGAGACUAGAAAGAUUGAUGAUUGUUUGGAGUUUAUUCGAUUCAAUAUCCUUCAUCAUUCCGGUGUACAGCAACCGAAUGGCGAAGGUCAUGAUAAACUUUAUGUUAAGGUAAAAGCUAGCAUCGGUUAUAGUUUGGAUAAAGCUUUGUAAUGAAGAAUGUUGAAGUGGGAUUUUUGUUUGUAAGUUGAUUAUGGUAUGGUAUAUUAUUCCAAAGGCCACAGGUGGUGGGGCAUUUAAGUUUGCUGAUCUCUUUAAGGAGAAACUUGGUAUUCUUUUCGAUAAGGAAGAUGAGAUGUGUUCUCUUGUUGGUGGUGUUAAUUUUCUACUAAAGACUGUCCCAAGGGAAGCUUUUACCUACUUAGAUGGCCAAAAGAAGUUUGUCGAGAUCGACCAUAAUGAUUUGUAUCCAUAUCUACUAGUCAACAUCGGUUCUGGCGUUAGCAUGAUCAAGGUCGAUGGAGAUGGAAAAUAUGAGAGGAUAAGUGGAACAAGCCUUGGCGGAGGCACAUUUUUAGGUCUUGGGAAGCUUUUAACAAAAUGCAAGAGUUUUGAUGAGCUGCUAGAGUUAAGCCACCAUGGAAAUAACAGAGUAAUUGACAUGCUUGUGGGGGAUAUCUACGGUGGAACAGAUUAUUCAAAGAUUGGUCUCUCCUCAACAGCUAUCGCUUCCAGCUUUGGGAAAGCGAUUUCUGAUGGUAAAGAACUUGAAGAUUACCAGCCAGAAGAUGUGGCAAGGUCCCUUCUAAGAAUGAUAUCAAAUAACAUCGGUCAGAUUGCUUAUUUGAAUGCUCUCAGAUUCGGUCUUAAGCGUAUUUUCUUUGGUGGAUUUUUCAUCCGUGGGCUUGAGUACACCAUGGACACAAUCUCCGUUGCUGUUCACUUUUGGUCGAGAGGUGAGGCAAAGGCAAUGUUUUUACGACAUGAAGGGUUUCUUGGAGCAUUAGGCGCUUUCACGAGCUACAAUGACCAGAGCCAUAACGAUUUAAAACCGCAUCAUCACACUGUGCAAAGAGCAAUUCUCAACUGUUCAGGUCAUAACUUUCGGCACAUCCCAGUAACUUCAAAUUUAAACGAAAGCGAGACCAUAGAAUGUAGCAUCAAUUUAGUUUAGUUAUCACCAGUUGUAUUAUUAUCAAUUCAGUGUAGAAAUAUGUUUAAUCAACUGUUUGAGUCAAGAGCUGCUCAUUACUAGUUUGUUGAAUGUUAGACACAUUUAUGUAAGAUGAUUCACGUAUUAAUAUUCAUGUAUGACCAAUGUAACUUGUACUAUAUAUCACACAAAGAAUCAAACACACUUAUUAAAUCUCACUAGAG